AUGACAAUCAUGAUCGGCAAAACUGUGCUGGUCUCUGACGGCUCGUCGCUCCUGGAUGCCGAGGUUCUGGUGCAUUACCUGGCGGAAUUUGACCGUCCAGACGAGUGGGUGACGCGCGAUCGCAUAUUUGGGCCCAAGCGAUUGGAUGCAAUGACUGCAUGGAUGAAAUCGGUGGACGUGACACUUGUUCGCUUGAAUAAAGACGUCAACGACCUGGUAGAGCACCAGACAAACGAGACAGCUCAACUGAUGGCGCUUGAGCGAAGGAAGAAAGAGGCAAUAGAAACAAAAGCCCAACUGGAAGCGUCGGUGCUCCAAGACCUCAAACGGGUCCGAGUCGCCGAGGAAACGGCCAUGGCGCGCAAACGACUGCAAAGUGCUGGGGUUGCCCAGGAAGAGAUCGACGCCAUCCUCCCUGUAAUACCACACGAGAGCUAG